AGCCACCUGUAAAUGAUGCCUCCAUCGUCAUUUCCAAAGCUCUCCUCACCUUCUUCUACAUAACAAGCACACAAACCCCACUCAUUGUUCACUUCUUCCAACCAUGAAGUUCGACCGCCCUUCCAAUUCCGCCACCUCUCAAACCCUUACCGCCACCACCUCCACCACUUCUCAAGAUGCUCUUUUGCUUGUCCGUGAAACUCUAAGAAUCUCCGCCAACCUCGCAUCUUCUCCUCCGCCCUCGGUUGUUGCUCCCUCCCAGACUAGGUCGCAAGAGGCAACCAGUUUCGGUCUGGUUGAAGAUCAAUUCGUUGAUGCCAGCUUGAGAUUGAUUUGUUAUGAGGAAAUCGAUGGCCGUAGAUUUAAAUAUUUGGCGCAUAACGACGGGAAAAAGUUCAAGACGGGUUCAAAUUCGAUCCGUGCCGUCAGCUUGCAGUCUCGUCAAGCCCCUGCGGAUGAGUUGAUGUCCUUUAUAAGAUCCUAUGUAGUUCCAGAAGGCUUCCCUGACAGUGUUAGCCCUUCGUAUGUGCCCUACAUGACAUGGAGAGCUUUAAAGCAUUUCUUUGGUGGAGCGAUGGGCGUCUUCACCACACAAGCACUUCUGCAUUCUGUUGGUGUCUCCAAAAACCAAGCUACCUCUGGUGCCGUAGCUAUCAACUGGAUUAUCAAGGAUGGUUCUGGGCGCAUUGGCAAAAUGCUUUUUUCUCGGCAAGGAAAGAAAUUUGAUUAUGAUUUGAAGCAGCUUCGACUAUCAGGUGACCUUCUGAUGGAGUUGGGUGCUGGAGUAGAAUUGGCAACUGCAGCUGCACCGCACCUCUUUCUGCCUCUUGCCUGUGCUGCCAAUGUUGCUAAGAAUGUUGCUGCUGUUACAUCAACAUCAACUCGUACUCCCAUAUACAAAGCCUUUGCAAAGGGUGAAAACAUAGGCGAUGUUACUGCCAAGGGAGAAUGUGUUGGAAAUGUGGCGGACCUGUUGGGAACGGGAUUGAGCAUCAUCAUAGCUAAAAGAAAUCCUUCGCUGUUCACCACAUUUGCCCUACUCUCUUGUGGAUAUCUUUUCAGCUCUUACAGAGAGGUAAAAUCUGUUGUCCUGCAUACGUUGAAUCGGGCGAGGUUCACUGUGGCCGUAGAAUCAUUUCUUAAGACAGGGCGUGUCCCAACUUUGCAUGAAGGAAACAUGAUGGAAACGGUAUUCAAUUUCCCAUGGUGCAAAGACAGACCAAUUAUUCUUGGUUCAAGAUUUAAGGAUGCAUUUCAAGAUGCAAACUCAUUUUAUGAUGUAGAACCCGUCUUUGAGAAAGAGAGAUAUGUGGUGGCCUAUAAUCCUUCAAAAGGAAAUAUAUAUGCAGUGCUAAAGGAUCAAGCAAAAUCAGAUGAUAUAUUAAAAGCAGCUUUCCACGCUCAUGUGCUUCUCCACAUCAUUCGGACAUCAAAACACAGCCAAAUUACUAGCAGUGAUGAUUCAGCUCUUUUGCCAACAUCUGCAGAUCUUCAAGCUCAUGUGGCAGAAUCUUAUACCAUGGUUUCUGCUUUGUAUGCACCUUUUAAGAACAAAGCUAAAGAACAGGGUUGGGUGAUGUCGGAUUCACUUCUUAAUCCUGGUCGAGCUCGGAUAUGUGAACAAGUUAAAUAAGGAAAGAUGAUGCUUUUAACUGCUUUUCGUCCAAGGCCAAGUGUGCUUGAAGAGAAGAGAAGAGAAGGUUACGGGCGAUAGAUCGAUAUCUAAUCAUGGGAAUCUUGAAUUCGGUAAAAUAAAUAAAUAAAUAAAUAAAUAAAUAAAUAAUAACAGUAGGGGUAUAAAAGCAAAUAUGAAUUUUGUUUUCUUUCCUGUAAUGAGGUGGGUUUUUGUAUAUGCAAGGAACUCUCUCUUCUCUCUCUCUUCGUGUGUGUGUGUGUAUAUAUAUACAUCAUUUAAAAAAAAAAAAAUACAAAGCAAGUGUUUCCAGAUAGGGUUUUCUGA